AUGGCGGCUACACUAGCAGCGAGGAACAUCACCUCCCAGUUUCUGAAGUACCGCAUGGAGUACAAAAGCAAGAAGCAUAGAUUCGGAAGAAGUCUUCUCGGCACAACUCACGUCUCUUCAGGAAACGCCGUCAUUUCUUCUCCCAUUAGCUCCCGAGGACGACAGAGGCUGCUUUCUUACCAAUCCGAUGAAGAUGAAGGAGUAGAAAUGACUACGACAAGCCAGCAACAACUGCCGCCUCUCUGGGCGGAUAUGGUUGAAGAGGCGCACGACGACGUGGAACAAAUCAAAGAAAAAAUGUCUCAGCUCCAGAAGGCGCAGCAGCGACGCCUGCUCAAAGUUUUCGAGGACGGAGAAGGCCAGGCGAAUCCGGACCUGGAAAUCGACGCUCUCACAGCCAAUCUCACCCACCUCUUCAAGCGAUGCGAAGGACGCGUGCAACAGAUUUGCGUGACUCAGACACCUGACAGCGACACUCGGUGUGACCAGCUGCUUCAGCAGAAUGCGCAGCGAAGUAUCGCUGCUCAGCUGCAGGCGCUAAAUGCAGCUUUUAGAAGUCAACAGAAAACGUAUCUUGCAGAGGUCAAACGGAGAACCCACGGGGAAGACAUCUUUGGAUCGUCGGACAGCGCGUCUGGAGACACAGGUUUCGCCGAUGACUUGACGUCCGAGCUUGCUCUGAUGGAGCAAGACGCAGAUCUGCGGCAAGGGGAGCUUGCUAAAAUUGCGCAGUCGAUGACGGAUCUGCACCAGAUCUUCAAGGACCUGAACAGUCUUGUUAUUGACCAGGGAACGAUUCUUGAUCGCAUCGACUACAAUGUCGAGCAAGUUCUCCAGAAUACGGCGCAAGCGAACGUGCAACUUCGCAAAGCUGAGGAAAAUCAGAGGAGCGGACGCGCUGCGCAGUGCAUCGUUUUUCUUGUCAUCACCAUUUUCUUUCUGCUCGUUCUGCUGAUCAUGAAACACACCUAA